AUGGUGACCAAGAAGCCCUGGUGCGGCGGCGCCGCCACCACCCAGUUCUCCUCUGCCUUCUCCUCGCCGUCCUCCUGCUCCUCGGGCUCCCGCAUUGCCCCGUCCCGCGCGCGGAGGCACAAGAAGAAGAGGAGGGGCAGGGGCGGCGGCGCGGUCGCUGAGCCGACGACGGGGUCGUCCAUCUACAGAGGCGUGUGCAGGAACAUCGGCUCGGGGAAGUACGAGGCGCACCUGUGGGACGGGCACCGCCGGAGCACGGCCCAGGAGAGGAGAGGCGGCCAAGGAUCUUACGAAACGGAGGAGGCAGCGGCUCGCACCUACGAUCUCGCGGCGCUCAAGUACUGGGGCUCGGACUGCGGGAUCCUCAACUUCCCUAUGGAGACGUACGAUCAGGAGCGCGAGAGGAUGCAGCGCGUGACAAGGAAGGAGUACAUGGCCCAGCUGAAGCGCAACAGCUGUGGCUUCGCCAGGGGCGUCUCCAAGUACAGGGGAGUUGCCAGGCAUCACCAGAACGACCGGUGGGAGGCGAGGAUCACCUGCGCCACCGUCGGCGGGCAAUGCGUCUACCUGGGCUCGUUCGCUACCGAGGAAGAGGCGGCCAGGGCGUACGACCUGGCGGCGAUACAGCUCCGCGGCUUCGGCGCCGUCACCAACUUCGACGUCGACUGCUACAUGGACCCAGGCCAGGAGACGGUGGCGCGUCCAGGAGGCCCUCCGUCGGCGCCGCUGCUCCUGCAGCCCAAGGACGAACCUGAGGCUCCUGAACCCGAGCCCGCCGGGUCGCCCGCCCCGGUGCUCCGUGACGACGUCGACGACGUGGACCGCGCCGUCGCGGAGGUCCUGGAGGCGCUCUGCGUGGACCGAGCCGACUUCGAGGCCAGGUACAGCCUGCCCCGCCACCGGUGCUGGCCGUCAUCGGACGACGACGUGCGCGACCUUCCGAGGGACGUGGGCUUCGAGGAUGACAUCGAGAGCGUGCUCUUCGGCGACGCGCCCGGCACCGCCGCUGCCCAGUACGUCGUGCCCGCCGCUUCCCAGGCCAAUGCGGCAGCGAUCACCUGCGCAGCCGCCACGAUCAGCUCGUCGGCGUCUGUCGUGUCGCACGUCUCGUUCGUGUAA